AUUUUAUUUUUAGUCUGAUGCAUACCACUCUGCUUCAUGCAGAAUGUCUUUUCAUGUGUUGUUCAAUUUAUACUUGGACAGCCGCAUUUGUUAGGCACUAAAAGUGUUGUCGCUACACUGAAAAAAGUCCUUAUCUCGCCCUGUUCAGAAAAUAAGUGUCAUUUAUCACUGGUAGAAGAAGUCUUCCUCUUAUGGUCUAUGCUCUUCUCACAAUGAUACCUUUCCCUUCUUUCACCACUAUAAUUAAAGGCUCGCUUUUGUGCAAAAUGGCUUUUAAUGCUGUUUAAUGAUGAUGUCAGUAAGAUGUUUCCCUACAGGAUAACCACUAAACUUGAGAAAUCAUCUCUCAUGACUUGUUUGUGCCACUUCUAAGAGGAAAAGCACUCAAAGGACUGCUUUUGAAGUUCUGUUUUUUUUGUGAUGUCACAAAUGAAAACCCUUCUUCCUCAUGGACAUGAUACCGCCUCUUACGCAGCCCUAGCUCCAUGAGUCUGCCCUGAGUAUGUGCAUGCCCACCACUUCACAGAGGACAACUUUGCAGGGGAAAAAACUAAUAACGGCAACACAUCUUGAACUAAAGCCUGGAGCUGAGCUGAAUUACCAACUAUGAGGAGUACUCGCUCAUUCAGGAGGUGCCGGAGGACAAGAAGGAGGACAGUAUGGGAACACUGAAGAAAGAUAGAACGCUGCUGCUAAGAGAUGAGAGGAAGAUGGAGAAGCUCAAAGCCAAGCUGCAUACAGAUGAUGACUUGAACUGGCUGGACCACAGCAGGACCUUCAGAGAGCAGGGAGUGGAGGAAAGUGAGAUGCUGCUGCUGCGACGCAAGUUCUUCUACUCAGACCAGAAUGUGGACUCUCGGGACCCUGUUCAGCUCAACCUGCUGUAUGUCCAGGCCAGGGAUGACAUAUUGAAUGGAUCCCACCCUGUUUCCUUUGAUAAAGCCUGUGAGUUUGCGGGGAUCCAGGCUCAGAUCCAGUUCGGACCCCACGUGGAGCAUAAACACAAGCCUGGAUUUCUGGACCUAAAGGAGUUCCUCCCGAAAGAAUAUAUAAAACAAAGAGGAUCAGAGAAGAAAGUAUUCCAAGAUCAUAAAAACUGUGGAGAGAUGACAGAGAUAGAGGCCAAAGUGAAGUAUGUCAAACUGGCCAGAUCACUGCAGACGUAUGGUGUGUCCUUCUUCCUGGUGAAGGAAAAGAUGAAAGGUAAGAAUAAGUUGGUCCCACGCUUGCUGGGGAUUACCAAAGAGUCGGUGAUGCGAGUGGAUGAGAAGACUAAAGAUGUGGUGCAGGAGUGGCCCCUGACCACCGUCAAAAGAUGGGCCGCCUCCCCCAAGAGCUUCACCCUGGAUUUUGGUGAGUACCAGGAGAGUUACUACUCUGUCCAGACUACAGAGGGAGAACAAAUAUCUCAACUCAUUGCCGGAUAUAUUGACAUUAUUCUGAAAAAGAAGCAGAGUAAAGAUCGCUUUGGCCUUGAGGGAGAUGAAGAGUCCACGAUGUUAGAGGAAUCGGUUUCUCCAAAGAAGUCCACCAUUCUACAGCAGCAGUUUAACCGGGUGGGCCGGGUGGAGCAUGGCUCAGUCGCCCUUCCUGGGAUUAUUCGCUCAGGGUCUGUUGGUGGCCCUGACAACUUCAAUGUGGGCACCAUGCCCUCUUCCCAGCAACAAAUGACCACCGGACAGAUGCACAGAGGACACAUGCCGCCACUGAGUCUUGCCCAGCAGGCCCUUAUGGGGACAAUCAACAGCAGUAUGAAGGCAGUGCAGCAGGCCCAAUCUGACCUGGGGCAUGUCGAUAAUCUGCCUCCUCUUGGCCAUGACCUGGCAUCUAGGGUUUGGGUUCAGAACAAAGUCGAUGAAUCCAAACAUGAAAUCCACUCUCAGGUUGAUGCCAUCACCGCUGGAACAGCAUCUGUGGUCAAUCUUACUGCAGGUGAACCCACAGAGACUGACUACACAGCGGUUGGUUGCGCCAUCACCACUAUCUCCUCCAACUUGACGGAAAUGUCCAAGGGUCUCAAGCUACUUGCAGCAUUAAUGGACGAUGAGGUCGGCAGUGGACACAAGCUCAUGGGUGCCGCCAGGAUGCUUACAGGAGCUGUGUCAGAUCUACUCAGAUCUGUUGAGCCUGCAGCUGCUGAGUCCAGGCAGACUGUGCUGACUGCAGCAGGAAGUAUCGGACAAGCCAGCGGGGACCUGCUCCGACACAUGGGGGAGGGUGAGACUGAUGAGAAAUUCCAGGACACCCUGAUGAACCUGGCCAAGGCAGUGGCCAAUGCAGCUGCUAUGUUGGUUCUGAAGGCCAAGAAUGUGGCCCAGGUGGCCGAGGACACCAUAUUGCAGAACCGUGUGAUAGCGGCUGCCACUCAGUGUGCCCUGUCCACCUCACAGCUGGUAGCCUGCACCAAGGUGGUGAGUCCGACCAUCAGCUCCCCGGUGUGCCAGGAGCAGCUUGUGGAGGCUGGAAAGUUAGUGGACCGCUCUGUGGAGACCUGUGUCAAAGCUUGCCGCUCAUCCAGCGAUAAUGGCGAGCUGCUGAAGCAGGUUGGAGCGGCGGCCGGUGUGGUGAGCCAGGCCCUCGGCGACCUUCUGCAGCACGUUCGCCAUUACGCCAGCUGCGGCGAGCCCAUCGGACGCUACGACCAGGCUACUGACACCAUCAUGAAUGUCACAGAAAACAUUUUCACAUCCAUGGGUGAUGCUGGUGAGAUGGUGCGUCAGGCCCGGGUUCUAGCACAAGCCACUUCUGACUUGGUCAAUGCCAUGAGAUCUGAUGCGGAGGCUGAAGUGGAUGUUGACAACUCUAAGAAGCUAUUAGCUGCAGCAAAACUCCUGGCUGAUGCCACAGCCCGGAUGGUGGAAGCCGCUAAGGGGGCAGCUGCUUACCCGGACAAUGAAGACCAGCAGCAGAGGCUCAGAGAGGCAGCUGAGGGUUUGCGUGUAGCCACUAAUGCUGCUGCUCAAAAUGCAAUAAAGAAAAAGCUGGUCAGCAGGCUGGAGGUAGCUGCUAAGCAGGCGGCGGCUGCUGCUACUCAAACAAUUGCAGCGGCACAGAAUGCUGCGGCUUCCAACAAAAAUACAAUGUCACACCAACAACUUGUACACAGCUGCAAGGCAGUAGCAGAUAGCAUUCCUCAGUUGGUGCAAGGCAUGAGGAGCAGCCAAGCCCAGCCUGAAGAACUUGGUGCCCAACUUGCCCUCAUCAUGGCCAGCCAGAAUUUCUUACAGCCUGGUAGUAAAAUGGUGGUGUCUGUAAAGUCAGCAGUUCCAACAGUGGCUGACCAGGCUGCUGCGAUGCAACUGGGCCAGUGUGCCAAGAACCUAGCGACCUGCUUGGCAGAACUCAGAAUGGCCGCCCAGAAGGCCCAUGAAGCUUGUGGUCCUCUGGAGAUUGACUCAGCCCUCAAAACGGUUCAGACCUUAAAAUGUGAGCUUCAGGAUGCCAAGAUGUCUGUUAUUGACAGCCAACUCAAACCUCUCCCCGGGGAAACGUUGGAGAAGUGUGCUCAGGAUUUGGGAAGCACAUCCAAGGCUGUGGGUUCCUCCAUGGCUCAACUACUGACAUGUGCUGCUCAAGGCAAUGAACAUUAUACAGGUGGUGCCGCCAGAGAAACAGCCCAGGCUUUAAGGACAUUGGCACAAGCAGCCAGAGGUGUAGCGGCCAGCACGAAGGAGCCUCAAGCUGCAGCUGCAAUGCUGGACUCAGCCAUGUGUGUCAUGGAGGGCUCAUCCAUGCUCAUUCAUGAAGCCCAUCAGGCAUUGGUUCAUCCAGGGGAUGCAGAAAGUCAGCAGAGACUUGCCCAGGUGGCCAAAGCUGUGUCACACUCCCUGAAUAAUUGCGUGAACUGCCUGCCAGGCCAGAAAGAUGUUGACAUGGCUCUCAGGAGCAUUGGAGAAGCCAGCAAAAAGCUGUUGGUGGAUAUUCUUCCUCCCUGCAGUAAGACAUUCCAGGAAGCCCAGACUGAUCUGAACCAUACAGCAGCUGAGCUCAACCACUCCGCAGGCGAGGUCGUUCACUCCUCACGUGGAACGAGCAGCCAGCUGGCCGCCGCCUCCGGGAAGUUCAGCCAAGACUUUGAUGAGUUCCUAGAUGCUGGUAUUGAGAUGGCAGGACACACCCAAAGCAGGGACGAUCAGAUUCAAGUCAUUGGUAAUUUGAAGAAUAUCUCCAUGGCAUCCAGUAAACUGCUACUGGCUGCCAAAUCUCUGUCAGUGGAUCCAGGUGCAGCCAAUGCUAAGAAUCUUCUUGCAGUAGCAGCAAGGGCAGUAACAGAGAGUAUCAACCAGCUGAUCACGCUCUGUACACAGCAGGCUGCAGGACAAAGGGAGUGUGACAACGCCUUGAGGGAGUUGGAGGCUGUCAGAGGGCUUCUGGAUAAUCCCAGUGAGCCCAUCAACGAACUGUCCUACUUUGACUGCAUUGAGAGCGUCAUGGAAAAUUCAAAGGUCCUUGGGGAGUCAAUGGCAGGUAUCUCUCAGCAUUGUAAGACAUGUGAUGUCGUGGCUUUUGGGGAGUGUGUAGGUGUGGCGUCCAAGGCACUCUGUGGUCUGACGGAGGCUGCAGGACAGGCCUCUUACCUUGUAGGUGUGUCGGAUCCUAAUAGUCAGUCGGGCCAUGAGGGACUGGUGGACCCCAUCCAGUUUGCAAGGGCCCAUCAAGCAAUACAGAUGGCUUGUCAGAGUUUAGUGGACCCAACUAGUAGUCCUUCACAGGUCUUGUCUGCAGCCACGAUUGUAGCCAAGCACACCUCAGCUUUGUGCAACGCCUGUCGCCUUGCCUCCUCAAAGACCUCCAACCCUGUGGCUCGUAGACAAUUUGUCCAAUCGGCCAAAGAGGUGGCCAACACCACCGCCAACUUGGUCAAGACCAUUAAGGUCAACUCCCCAACUGAUCAAAACGCUCUAGAUGGGGAUUUUUCAGAAGAGAACAGAAACAGGUGUCGUGUUGCUACCACCCCCCUCCUAGAGGCUGUAGAAAACCUGUCAACCUUUGCUAACAACCCAGAUUUUGCAAGCAUCCCAGCUCAGAUCAGCAACGAGGGUUCGGUCGCCCAGGAGCCAAUUGUCCGUUCGGCUCGCUCCAUGCUUGAUAGCUCCACUUACCUCUUAGAAACAGCCCGAUCUCUUGUCCUCAACCCCAAAGAUCCGCCCACUUGGUCUAUACUAGCCGGUCACUCGAGAACGGUAUCUGACUCCAUCAAGAGCCUCAUCACUUCUAUCAGGGACAAGGCACCAGGACAGAAGGAGUGUGAUUACUCAAUAGAUAGCAUCAAUAAGUGUAUCCGGGACAUUGAGCAAGCUUCCCUGGCUGCAGUUGGACAGACGCUGCCCUGCAGAGAUGAUAUCUCCAUGGAAGCACUGCAGGAACAGCUGACUUCAUCCGUGCAGGAGAUUGGCCACCUGAUUGAUCCCGUCUCUACGGCUGCCCAAGGUGAAGCUGCCCACCUGGGACACAAGGUGACUCAGCUGGCCAGCUACUUUGAUCCACUUAUUGUAGCAUCAGUAGGGCUGGCCUCCAAACUGCAGGACCACCAACAGCAGAUGACCAUUCUGGACCAAACAAAGACCCUGUCAGAGUCGGCCUUGCAGAUGCUUUACGCUGCCAAGGAAGGUGGCGGCAACCCAAAGGCAUCCCACACCCAUGACGCUAUUUCCGAAGCCGCGCAGCUGAUGAAGGAGGCAGUGGACGACAUCAUGGUUACUUUAAAUGAGGCGGCCAGUGAGGGGGGCAUGGUUGGGGGCAUGGUGGAGUCCAUCGCUGAAGCCAUGGGCAGGCUGGAUGAAGGAGCACCUCCUGAACCUGAAGGCUCCUUUGUGGACUACCAGACCACGAUGGUGAAGUUCUCCAAGGCCAUCGCCAUUGUGGCACAGGAGAUGAUGACCAAGUCGGUGACUUGCCCAGACGAGCUUGGCAGCCUUGCCUCCCAAGUGACAGUGGACUAUGGCCAGCUAGCACACCAGGGACGUCUCGCUGCAGCCACUGCAGAGCCUGAAGAGGUUGCUUUGCUGAUCAAAACACGUGUACAAGAGCUGGGACAUGGCUCUAUCUACCUGGUCCAGAAAGCAGGAGCCCUGCAGCUCAGCCCCACGGACAGCUUCUCCAAAAGGGAGCUCAUUGAAUGCGCUCGUGCAGUCACAGAGAAGGUGUCCUUGGUCCUCUCGGCGCUGCAGGCUGGUAAUAAAGGCACCCAGGCCUGUAUUACAGCAGCCAGCGCCGUAUCUGGCAUUAUCGCUGACCUGGACACAACCAUCAUGUUCGCCUCAGCGGGUACACUGAACCCUGAGAAUGAGGAGUCCUUUGCUGACCAUAGGGAGAACAUUUUGAAGACAGCCAAGGCACUGGUGGAGGACACCAAGCUGUUGGUUGCUGGGGCUGCAUCCACCCAGGAAAAGCUAGCCCAAGCUGCCCAGUCCUCAGCUAAGACCAUCACCCAGCUCACAGAGGUGGUCAAACUGGGAGCGACGAGCAUGGGUUCUGAAGACCCUGAAACACAGGUGGUUCUGAUAAACGCUGUGCGUGAUGUGGCCAAGGCUCUGGCCGAACUCAUCAGUGCCACCAAGUGUGCGGCUGGCAAGCCUGCUGACGACCCUUCCAUGUAUCAGCUGAAAGGCGCAGCCAAGGUCAUGGUCACCAACGUGACGUCUCUUCUAAAAACAGUGAAGGCAGUGGAGGAUGAAGCCACUCGCGGGACGAGGGCGCUGGAGGCCACCAUUGAGUGCAUCAAGCAGGAGCUGACAGUGUUUCUGUCGAAGGAUGUUCCAGACAAGUCCACUACACCUGAGGAGUUCAUCCGUAUGACAAAGGGCAUCACCAUGGCGACGGCCAAGGCAGUGGCAGCGGGCAACUCUGCUCAACAGGAGGAUGUGAUCGCCACGGCCAACCUGAGCCGCAAAGCCAUCUCUGAUAUGCUGACAGCCUGCAAGAAAGCGGCACACCACCCAGAAGUGAGCGAGGAAUUAAAGUGCAAGGCUCUCCAGUACGGCUCAGAAUGCACCACAGGAUACAUCAACCUCCUGGAACACGUUCUACAGGUGCUGCAGAAGCCCACGCCGGAACAGAAGCAGCAGCUGGCCGUCCAUUCGAGGCAUGUGGCGGCGUGUGUGACGGAGCUCAUCCAGACAGCUGAGGCCAUGAAAGGAUCAGAGUGUGUGGACCCCGAGGACCCCACUGUCAUUGCAGAGAGCGAACUCCUCGGAGCAGCAGCCUCCAUUGAAGCUGCGGCCAAGAAACUAGAGCAGUUGAAGCCCAGAGCCAAGCCCAAGCAGGCCGACGAGACGCUGGAUUUUGAAGAGCAGAUUCUAGAAGCCGCAAAGUCCAUCGCUGCAGCGACCAGUGCUCUUGUCAAGUCGGCAUCAGCAGCUCAGAGAGAGCUGGUGGCACAAGGCAAGGUUGGGUCCAAUAUCGCCAAUGCAGUAGAUGAUGGCCAGUGGUCGCAGGGUCUCAUAUCAGCCGCUCGGAUGGUUGCCGCUGCCACCAGUAACCUGUGUGAGGCGGCCAACGCCUCCGUGCAGGGCCACGCCAGCGAGGAGAAGCUCAUCUGUUCAGCCAAGCAGGUGGCAGCCUCCACGGCUCAGCUCUUGGUGGCCUGCAAGGUGAAGGCUGACCAGGAUUCCGAAGCAAUGAGGAGACUACAGGCUGCUGGCAAUGCGGUGAAGCGAGCCUCUGACAACCUGGUGAAGGCAGCUCAAAAAGCUGCUUUUGAGAAAUCAGAAGACGACAGUGUGGUGGUAAAAACCAAGUUUGUUGGCGGCAUCGCUCAGAUCAUUGCAGCUCAAGAAGAGAUGCUGAGGAAAGAGCGUGAGCUGGAGGACGCCCGCAAGAAGCUAGCUCAGAUCCGACAGCAGCAGUACAAAUUCCUACCAAGCGAGCUGAGGGAGGAUGAGGGUUGAUGGAUGGUCAAGAAGGCCGCCCUUAACGCCGCUCUUUUACACUCUCACAUAACCGAGGACUAUACAGCACUUGAAACAGGCCUGUUUGGUAAGACAUCCAAGUGCCUGUGCUUUGUUGCGUAUUGUGUGUGUGUGUGUGUGUGUGUGUGUGUGUGUGUGCAUUUGUGAAUGGAUGUGUUCAGACAAACAAUGUUGGAGACAGUAUGAUCCAGUUAUUGCUUUGUGAGUGUCACUCAUCAUUUCCAGUACAAUAAUGAAGUGAAGAAUGCAAAAGUUGUACGUCUACAGUAUACUGAAUGUUUUUGUAGUCACUGAGCAAAUACUACUUGUGAUCGUGGCAGAGCAAAGCCGAUACAUCUUCUGUAUUUGAAAGGACCAAAACAAAGGCAGGGAAGGCAAUAUCUCACUUCAGCACUUGGCUUGCAUGAACCAUCCAAUCUAUACAUAUCAAUGAAGCUACUAACCAAUAGAGUAGGCUAGCAGAAUGGCACUUAUGAUGUAUGAUUAGAAAAUGUGAAAACCUUUUGGGUUGCCAGCAAACCUAGAGAAAAAAUUAUAUUAAUGCAAAUAUUUAUUCUUGGCUAAUAUUUUAAAUCAGAGAAACAUUUAUCUUGAAUUGUAGGGAAAGUUUGAUCGGUGUUUCUCUGAGUUUUUGAUGUGAUCUGCUUGCAUAUUAAUUCACUUCAUGCUUUGUUUUGUUUUUUGUUUUUUUUUAUAUAUAGUGGAACCUCUAAGCUAACUUCUGACUAGGAUAAUACAUUUAUUUUAGAAUUAGUCCAUUCCAGGGUCAAUCUGCCACUAUCAUGAAGCCUUUUUAUUUAAAAAAUGUUUAUUAACAUUCCAAACAUAGAAGAAUAAAAUAUUUUUUUUCCACUGGUUUUCACCAGUGACUAUGGUGUGAAGUGAAAAGUGUGGAAAAAAAAGUUAAAACAUGAAAACAAUGAAACAAGCUUUGAUAGAUGACGGAGACUUACAAAUUUAAAUGUGAGACCGCUUGCUUUAUGUAACUUUUGGUGUAUUCAUCUUCUCUUAACACCCCCUUUUGAGGCUGGUCCUUCUUAUGGAAUAAGGCAAAAAAAAAAAAAAGCAUACAUUUUGUAGGCAUUUUUUAACAUUAGACAAAUUCUAAUAUAGUUGUAAUUAAUGCAAAUUGCUUGAAACUUGCAGCAAAGUUUAUACAGUAAAAGGAACAAGUAGAUUCUAGUGUUGAUUAGCAAUAUAUUCUCACAGGUAAAUUCAUUUGGAAGUACUAGCUUCCAGCUUAAAAUAAGAGCAAUAUGCAUGUGCGUCCACUCAACUGCAUGCACAAAGCACAGAACCAUGCUGCAACACACCCUGGCAGAUACAGUAUCCUGAAAUAUGCACAAAAUGUUGUAUUUUACCAUGAAAAAUCUGUAUUUAUGCUCUCAUUUUUGACAGUUUUCAGUGAAAGUAAAACAAAGCUAUUUCAAAUAAGCGAAACAUGUGUGAAACGUUAACCUGAGAAAAAGCUUUCAUUUUGUAUCACUGGCAUGGGCAGCUUCAUGCAUAACUAUUGACGCCUUUAUUCAUAUUACAUUUGACAAAACUUUUUUUUCCCAUUUUGUCAUUUUAGGGUAUUGUGUUGACGUUUAAGUGGGUGGGGAUAAAUUAUGACAAUUUGAAAUAAUUUCUACAUGUGAAAUGUAUCUAAUGAUAAGGAUUUGGCCUUUGUCUUGGAUAGCAUCAUAUACUAUAAGAAGGCCUAUUUUCCAUAUAUUUGGAUAUAGGAUGCUUAAAAUUGAAUAAGCCACAUAUAUCAUCCAUGUUCAUGUAUCAAUACACUGGGAGCUGAUGAUUAUGAUGAUGGUCUUGCACUGCUACAAGGAUUGACUGUAUGCUUUAUUGAAUGAAAUACACCUAUUGGAUGCACUGAUGUUACUUUAGACGCUAAAAUGAAAGUGAUUGAAAGCUUCCAUUAUUUAAGUCCAAGACAUUCCUUCACACACUGAAAUAAUAUAAAAAGUCAAGUUUUGAUGGAAGAACCUGGUUCAGUAUUGAAUUGGGAAUGCUCUUAUUAUUAGUGCCUUAUUGGGAUGAAUCCUAGUUGGAGCUUGAUCCACUUUGUAUCAGAACCUUUUUUGCCGAUCCCCACCAAGGCCUGCGCGUAUACUGUCAGCAAGAAGAGUCCUUUGCCAUACGAUCCAAUGCCUUUGCUGCUGGCCGAUACCUGCCUAUACUGCUCAUUCAUCAAAGGGCAACCUUAGGAUUUUAGACACCUGAUGGAAUACUAACUGCAUUCCUUAAGCAUGUUUGUGUUUGAAGUUGUUUGGGGGGAAAAAAAUGAUGAAGUUGAGGCUGUGCUUGUUCCCUUUUCUGUCGUCUAACUUUAAAUGUCUGUUUUUACCAAUAAGUACCCAGAAAUGCAGUACUAUGCAAAAGUAUUUGGCCAGCACUACCUUUGUUGACGUUUUCAUAGCAUCCUGUUUGACAUAGCAAAACAGGAACAGAAUUUGUGAAAAUGUUGUAGUGAGUAAACUGCUAAGGUUUGUUGAGAAUCAAGACAGCAUUUUUUUUAUUAGUUUCAUCAUCUUUUGUUGUGUUAAUUUGUUGAAACUAUGGUGUAGUUCAUUUGUUUGGUUUGAUUCGUAUUAAAGGUUUUUUGUGCCUUUGUAUUGUUUUAUUUAUUUUAAAGUUUUUAGUUUUUUAUUGCAUUUUGCAUUGUUAUAGUAAUAAUUAUUUAUUUUUGUAUUGUUUUUUUGCACUAUUUUGUUUUCAUUUUUUUGUAUUUUGCUUUUUAUGUUUUAGUUUUAUUUAAGUUUUAUUUUAGUUUUAAUCAUUUAGCUUUGUUUUAAUUUUUAUAAUAGAUUUUUUUGUAUAGUUUGACAUUUUUAUUUCAUUUUUAUUUUUUAAUUAUUUUUUGCCAUUUUGUUUUGGGUUUUCGUCGUAUUUUGUUUAGUUUGGUUUUAUUUAAUUUUUAAUUUCAUUUUCUAUUCUCUUUUGGGGUGGACGCUUUUGGACGUUUUUGCUAUGACCUCAGUGAAGUAUUAUGUGUGUUAAAACAACAAAUGUAAAGUUGGCCUAAUACUUUUGCACAGCACUGUGUAUUGUGUGACUGGUGUUUUUGCAAAUAUUCAAGUUAAAUGAAGAAAAACAAGUUGACUAUUAUGAAUAGGUGUUGUGCUUUAAAAAAAUGUGUUUAGUUUGAUGACUUUAUGCUUUAUGUAUGAUACUUAUCUGGUCACAGAAGUAUUUUUUGUAUUCAUCACAAACAAAAUAAAACUACCAAAAAUCAGACCCCUUAAUUAUUUUUUUGAUGUCAGACUGCAUUCUUUCCAGCAGA